GGAAUCUGCUGGCUCCGAGUGUAAGCGCCGGUCUCGGAGUUUCGUCCAAGUUUGGGUCCGGAAUCGACUAAACGGGGUUUGUAAAUAAAUCCAGUUUGACCGGAUCUCUGGGUUGCCUGUUCAUUCCUUUUUAUCCAACUGUCUGUUCAUGAUUUAUGUCUCUUCCUCUUCUUUACUCUCAGUGCGCUCUAGUAACCCAUGGCGGGCGCUUCCAUCUCCAAAGUCCAGGUCUUUUGCCACGGUCUCCUGGUUCUCAUCACCUCUCUUUACACCGACAUCCACAACAUUCCACCGCCUGAACUAUUUUCACCUUUAAUCCCUCAAAAGGUCCUCCGUACCUACUCAUCGCUACCAACUCCUACCCAAUACCCUCAAUGGACAGGCACCCCAUUCGGCAAAUGGGAUUACUUCGUACCGGAUACAUGGACAUCGGGUUUCUUCCCUGCUACAUUGUACGAGAUGCACACGCGGCAGACCUUGUGUACUGAAAAUCCGGAUGUGGCAGGACUAGGAAAGGAUUGGUUACAAUUGGGAAGGAAGGCAUGCGAUGGCCUGGCUGCGCUGCCUGGGCGUAACACCCAGGGCCACGAUGUCGGGUUUUUGAGUUUUGCGUUUUUGGAGGAACUGAAGAUAAAUUCUAAAAAUGAAACUGCUAUCGCGGUUGUCAACGGUUUCGCUGCAGACCUCGCGAAUCGCUUCGUUCCUGGUGCCGGUGUUACGCGUAGCUGGGAUAGCGCCGAUUUAUCCCUCGUUCAAGUGAUCAUCGAUAACAUGAUGAACCUCGAGUUACUGUUCGUGUCGGCAGACCUCACUGGGAAUAACACGUUGCGCGAGAUAGCGAUAAGGCAUGCAGAUACAACUAUGAAAAACCAUAUUCGUCCUGAUGGAUCAACAUGGCAUGUCGUUGAAUAUGAUGCCCAAUCGGGACUUGUUGUGUCGAAACAAACGGCGCAAGGAUAUUCUGAUGAUAGUGCUUGGGCUAGAGGUCAGGUCUGGGCCAUCUACGGCUUCUCUCAAAUGUAUGAGCGGACAUCCCAAAAACACUACCUCGUGACUGCUCGAAGGCUUGCAAAUUACUUCCUCACGAACAUUCCUCAAGACGGUAUCGUUCCAUGGGACUUUAAAGCACCGUUGCAAGACCACAAGGUUCCUGGAGGUGUAAGACCGGCUGAUUCCAGUGCUGCGACCGCGGGUGCUACUGCGUUACUGCUGCUAGCCAGUCUGGAGCCCGAUGAUUUGCAGGCGGAGAGAUGGAUCUGGGGAGCUGUUAAAGUACUUCAAAAGAUCACUGAGCUCGCCUGGAGUCCGUCUUGGAAUAGUUUGCUGGCAAACGGGACGGUCAAUUGGCCGAACAAUAAUUAUUUGACUGGAAUUGUUUAUGGUGACUACUACUUCAUCAAAGCUGGUAAUGAACUUGUUAGGCUAGGAUUGGCCAGCUGUUAAUAUCCGAAAUUCUGCUUUCCUUCCGUCGGACUAUGGACAGAUAUUGUACUUUUUACGCUCUUUUCACCCACAAUCUUUUCGCAUCAAGGUACCUACACCUUCCAGUUUUUAUGUGUAUAUUUCCACUUGUGAACUAAAGGUUAUAUUGUCGACUUCCUCAUGACGCGACACGCGU